AUAUAUAUGAAAUAAUGGCUUCAUUACACAUAAAUCAUGCAGUUAGUGAUACUACAACAAAGUUUUUUUCAAUAAUUGAAAGAUUGCUAUCAUUAACUAGUUCAAAGCUCAGUAAUAAAAAACAAAUUAAUGCACACUUAAGUGAUCUCAAUGAAUUGGAUUACAGAUGCCUUAAUAUUAUAAAUAAUGAUGCAAUAUUAUUGUUAGUGAAUCAGCUUUGUGUGAUUAUUCUACCUACAGAAACAUCUUUAGUCAGAAAUGCCUGUAAAUUUUUAUACAAUUUAACUCAAAAUAAUAUCAAACUGCAUGGCCGAACAUUUGCGACUUGUAAACGAUGGAUUUUAGAAGCAUUAGAAUUUUCUGACCCACUGGCACAAGUUGAUGUGUUAAUUGCUAUAAAAAGUUUUUUACAUGCUGGAUAUUUUGACGAUAUCAAUCAUUAUGCACGUCUGUUACUUAGGGAUAAAGGCUUAUUAAUAAAAUACUUAAAUUCUUCAAGCAAUGCAUGGUCUGAAAUCAAUUUCCAUGCACUUGGAUGUUUAGAAGAAAUUGUAAACAAAAGUAAUAGUAAUCAUGUAUCAGAAGAAUUUAUAUAUUUGAUAAAAGAUAUUAUUUUUAAAAAUCUCUCACUGUUACCAUAUGGCAAUGAUGAUAAAUUUUAUUAUAGUAAAAUCAUACAUUUGUGUUUGCAUAUUUUGCAUUGUAUAAUUUUGGAAAAAUUAAUUCCUAAUUCUUCUGAUAUUGUUGGAGAGAUAUUAGGAGUAGUGCAAGCAUUUUUAUUUCAUGGUAUUAAAGGCUACAAUGUUACAAAACCAGAAUUACUUCAUCCUGCAGCAAUGAAUCUCCCAGAACGCAUUCAUAUAGUACCAAAAUGUAAGAAUCUUAAAAAUUACAAAGCAAAGCUGAAGAAAACACCUACCAAGAAGAGUGUAUCCGAUAUAGAAAAUAGUACCCUUCCAGAACAUACUGGAAUUUCCAAAUAUUCCAGCGAUUCAGAUACAUCAGAUACAGAAUUUAAUAAUUCUGUCCAUAUAGAUUCCAAAGUAAGAUUGGAAGCUGUGCAUUUAUUGCAGACUCUCAUGGAAAUUAGUCAGAGUAGAGAGAUUUUUGGGUAUUGGCCACAAAUUGUAGCAACUGGUUCACGAAAUGACGCUCGAGUAUUAACGAGAAGCAUAUUGAUGGAACCUAUAUCUAAAGUUAGACAAAAUGUAUUAAGUACAUUAACUGAAUUGUUGAUAAGCGCUAGACCAUUCUUGAUACAUGCAGAAGAAACCGAUCAUACUUCCUUCAUCACAUUUUUCGGCACAGUAUGUUUAAUGAUCAAAGAACUGCAUUUUACAUUAUCAUUAAUUUUGUUUACUGAGAAAAAUGUGACUGUUUUAACGCAUGCAUUAAAAUGCACUGCAGCUCUUGUACAAGGAACACCAUAUGAACGAUUAAAACCGGGUUUAGCUACCAAAUUAGUACGGAAUUGUAGAUCACACAUAUUUCAUAAAGAUCCCACUGUACGAGUUGCAGCACUGUCUAUUUUUGAAGCAUUUGCUUCCAGCGAACCUAUCACUCAGGAAAUAUUAAACAUAUUAGCUAAACAAUCUAUAGGUGGUACAGAAUUAGGAAAAUUACAACUUGAUUCUGGUUCAAUUAGCGAUGUUGGAACAGAAGAAGAAGAAAUAGAUAUUGAGGAUCUCAAUAAUUCAGUAGACAAUUGUACUGAAAUUAAAACAUCAAAAGAUGAAAGCGUCUGUUUGCUAAUUCGCGUUUGUUUAGAAAAUAUAUCUAAUAAGAUAAUUAGUACACCUGUACGACUUCAGUCUUUGAAACUUAUGGGGAGAUUAGCAUUUAAUACAGGAAGUCUCAUAUUUCCUCACUUAGAAAAAGUAACCACAAUCUUAAUCUCAGUUAUGGAAGAAUCAGAAAGCCAAGUGAUAUUACAUGCAUGUCGGGUUUUAGAAAUUAUGUCUGGUUGUCUCGCAAAUAUUGAGACUUAUCAUAGUGACGGUAUAUUAUUUUGGAACAUUAUAUUUGAUUCUAUGAUAUCACUCGCGCAAACAUCGCAAACCAUAUUGCGAGAAGCUGCUUGCGAUUGUCUAGGUAGCAUAAGUGGAAAUGUAUUUACACAAUUAUCGAGGCAAAAAACUAUAUUAAUAAUUACAAUACUAUUUGGAGCAGUCCGCGAUGAAGAAAGUGCCGUGAGAGCAGCCGGCUUACGUGCAUUAGGAAUGUUGGUAACUUUGUCGGUAUUAGAAGACGAUACUGGUUUCCUUAUGGAUUUAGCUGAUAUAGUUUGUCUGGCUCUUGAUGACAAAAAUCUCGGCGUUCGCGUGAAAAGUGCUUGGGCAUUAGCAAACUUGUGUGACUGUCUUUCUAGACAAAAACAGCAUGAAGAGAUAGAACCAUUCUCUCUAGAAGUUUUGCUGGCCAAAUUAUAUCAUAUAAGUGUCAAGGCUGCAAAAGAUAAUGAUAAAGUAAAAUGUAACGCUGUUAGAGCAAUUGGAAGUAUUUUAUAUCUAUGUCCACAAAAGCACAUACUCUCUGAUACAACAUUAGGAUUAAAUGCACUUAUUAACUGUGCUAUUUUAGGAAACGAUAUGAAAGUACGAUGGAAUGCUUGUCGAGCUUUAGGAUUAGUUUUGAGUCACAAUCCAGAUGCAAUAUUGCCAUCUUCUUGGAAAGAUGAAGUAUUUCCAGCACUUUCCACCUUGAUAUGUAAUAGUCCCAAUUUUAAAGUACGUACCAAUGCUGCAUGGGCACUGUAUUCAUGUAAUUAUUAUGGUAAAUAUACCAUAAUGUUGUGGAAAAGUAUUGUAUUGGCAUUUGAAAAUGCUCAACAUGUCCCAAGCUUUGUUGAAUAUCCACAUCGAGAUGCACUAAUUCAACAAUUGUGCCUUACUCUUGCUCGCGUUGCUGCCUGUACAGAAAAAUCUGAACUACAAAGUCUUUGGCUCGAAAUUGGCGAUCAUGUAGAAGAAAUUUCUAAUGUUGUGAAGCAAUUUCAGGAAACUGUCUUACCUGAAAAAUUGGGAGAUUUAAUCAAAGCAAAAGCCCAAUUGGAACAACUAACAAAGAGCACAUGUUGUAUUGAAGAUCAACAAAUUGCUCAAUCUUUAACAAAUAUAUUUGAAAGAAAUCGCUAUGAUUAUUUUGAUGUUAUUACACCUACAAUAUAACUUUGUAAAAUGAGGAAAUAAUAUGACUUUUUUCAAGCAA